UGUCAUGAUACUGAUCAACCAACUCAAACAACUAAACCAUAAACUAGUAUUAUCAUCACUCUGAAAAGUCCCUAGUCCUUCUAUAUAUAUCAAGUUCCUAUAUAACCUAAAUAUAUCUUUGUGGUUGAUUCUGCAUUGUUCAUUCUGAUUUCCUCUCUCCUUUUGUUUCACUAGCUAAUUGAGAAAAACAUGGCUGUACUUACAAGGACAUUGAUGAGCUUUGCUAUCAUGACCGUGCUCGUUGAAUUGGCCACGGCAGCGACUUACACUGUUGGUGGUCUAAACGGCGGGUGGGAUGCAACUACCGACCUGCAAACAUGGGCGUCAUCCCAGACAUUCUUAGUCGGAGAUAAUCUAAAUUUUCAGUACUCGCCUAGCCACAAUGUGCUUGAGGUUUCAAAGGCAGACUAUGAUUCUUGCCAAGGAAGCAACUCAAUUCAGGCAUACAGUGGUGGCAGCACUACAAUCCCUCUCUCUUCUGCAGGAAAGAGAUACUUCAUUUGUGGAACAAAUGGGCAUUGUAGCCAGGGAAUGAAGCUUGAAGUUGACACUAGUCUUGCAACUAAUUCUGCUCCUCCACCUACAGCUUCUCCAGCUGUAAACCUCGCUCCACAAGAAUCUCCUUCAACUACUCUACCUCCUUCCUCGGACAGUCCUUUGGCCUCCUCUCUUGCUCCAGACACUUCUGCUGCCUCACCCUCACCUGCACAAUCACCAGAACUUGCCUUCAGUCCUACACCAACCGCUAUUGACAUACCUUCAACUGAAUCUCCCACUUCCAUCUCUCGAACCGGGUCCUCCCCAGAACCAUCAGCUGCUUCAUCUCUUGACAACAUACGCGGUCUCACUCUGGGAUUUGGUAUCAUGAUGAUGUUGUUUCUCGCCUUCUAAGCUUUUAAGCAAGGAAGAUUCAUUAUGCUGUGUUUUUUUUUUUUUUUUUGGAUAAAAAUUUCUUGUGCAUUUUAUUUCUACAUUAAGUUUGUAUUGCACGCCUUAAUUUGCAUUCAGGCAAGAACUUAUUUUAAAUAUAUACUUUGUAUUCAAAAGAAAGAGCAGCCUAGCUAUACCAUUCCACAAACCAUAACUACGAACUUGCACAUGGAAAUUACAAGUACUACAGCUGCUUAAUUUCAUUGAACUUUGUAAAGGUACAGACCAACAUUCGCAAUGGA